UGUGUUGUUAUAACAAACAUAUAUUCGCUGCGAUGAGAGAUUUAAAUACUCCGCACUUUCCAAUAAAAAAAGAGUAAUAGAUGGACUUAAGUAAAGAGUUAGAAAAUUUAAAUGAGUACUUAAGAACCUUAGAUAUUAGCGCUGAAACAAACAAAAUAAACAUGGCUGAAGCACAACAAGUAAGAGAGCUGGUGAUGCAAAAUAUUAAACUAAUUCAGCCUUUUGAUGGUGAUGCUAAUUACUUAGCACUGUAUGUCGAUAGCAUUGAUUCCAUAAUGCCUGUGGUUGCACCAACGCAGCGGGCUGAGCGAGCCUUUUAUUUUAACUGCAUCUUAAGAACUCUACGAGGGGCAGCUUUGGACAUCAUAAGAAGGGAACAGCCGUCAGAUUGGUCCACGUUAAGGGAACUUUUAAUUGAUGAGUUUGGAGAACACACUCCAAUUUCGACUCUUAUUUUACAAAUUAUCCCAUCCAGUAAUACUAUUUUAGGUCAAAAUCAAUCCAGACAGGUAAAUGUUGGCCAACCCAGUCAACAAAAUCAUUGUACCCACUCAUUAAAUAGUCCGAUUACACAUACCCCAGGCAAUGCCCUGCAAACAAGUUCAUUACAAACACGAGUAUCUCAUCCCGUUGGGUCAAAUCAAUCAAGAAUACGAAGAUAUGGUCAACCUGAGCCAAUGGAUCAGGAUAUGUCAAAUUUUCAAUUAGAAGCCUCGGAGGACUGCCAUCGAUUAAACUGACACUAAAUAACAAAGAAAUCAAAUUUCUAAUAGAUACGG